AAUGGGGGAUUUCGGCAGAGGAUGGAUGUCCGUGCGGUCAUGUCGCUCGCGCUGAGCUCCAGAUUCUUUAAGAGCACCAAACUCUGCAUCUCGCCACUGUGUGCUUCUCUCCCUCGUAGAUCUCGUUGUUCUUUCUCCCUCCUGCUCCCUCGCCGCUCUCCCUCUUCUCUUACUGCCAGGCUCUCUCUAUCCACUUUUGCCGCCAUGGGAGACCCUCCUGAUACCACCAUGGACGCUGUCCAGCGCCGCCUCAUGUUCGAAGACGAAUGCAUUUUGGUGGAUGAGAAUGAUCGUGUUGUCGGUCAUGAUUCCAAAUACAAUUGUCACCUGAUGGAGAAGAUUGAAUCUGAAAAUUUGUUGCAUAGAGCUUUCAGUGUGUUUCUGUUCAACUCAAAGUAUGAGUUGCUUCUUCAGCAACGAUCUGCAACAAAGGUGACAUUUCCUCUUGUGUGGACAAACACCUGCUGCAGCCAUCCACUGUACCGCGAGUCAGAGCUUAUUGAAGAGCACGCUCUUGGGGUAAGAAAUGCGGCUCAGAGGAAACUUUUGGACGAGCUUGGUAUUGUUGCUGAAGAUGUGCCAGUUGAUCAGUUCAUCCCAUUGGGUCGCAUGCUUUACAAAGCACCUUCCGAUGGCAAAUGGGGGGAGCAUGAACUUGAUUAUCUGCUAUUCAUAGUUCGGGAUGUUGGUGUUCAUCCUAAUCCAGAUGAAGUGGCCGAUAUUAAAUACGUGAAUCGGGAGCAGUUGAAGGAGCUGUUGAAGAAAGCUGACGCCGGUGACGAAGGAUUGAAACUGUCUCCUUGGUUCAGACUAGUCGUGGACAAUUUCCUAUUCAAGUGGUGGGACCAUGUGGAACGAGGAGAUCUUAGAGAGGUCGCUGACAUGAAAACCAUUCACAAAUUGAUCUAAAUUGGUGGCAUUGUCGAAAUAAAGUUGGUUUCUUGUGCUCAAAAAUGGUGAAGGAUUUAUUGCACUGGUCUUUUGAAGUUGUUCUUUUUUUUUUCUUUUUUUUUUUGGUUUGAACAUCAGAACCGUGAUAAUGGAUUGUAUCUUAUAAUUAGCUGAGAAGUGUGGUCUGAAUAUUGGGUUAGUGGGACGUGAGUACUCAUUAAUAAGAUCCUGGAUGUUCUCAAGUAAUUUCGUGCAGGAUACUAAUCCAUUACUUCUGGUCUUUGGCUAUUUUCAAGUAA